AUGGCAAUCUCCCCACCUCCGCCCUCGUCCACCACGGCAAAGCCCGCGCGCAAGUGUGCCGUCCCGCGCCCGACCUACCGCCUCACACUCCUCGGCCGGUGCCUCGCCCUCCUCGCCGGCGAGCUCGUCGCCAAUGCGGCAGUGUGGACGGCCGCCGCGUGCGUGUUUACCGGCGACAAGCGCGGCGUGUUGAGCCUGUGCGUCGUCGCGUGGACUCUUGGGUUGCGGCAUGGACUCGACAUGGACCACAUCGUCGCCGUCGACACGACGACCCGUGCCCUCGUCGCCCAAGGUCAGCGACCUGUCACGGUCGGCCUCUUCUUCUCGCUCGGCCACUCGACCAUCGUCUUCGCCAUGACGGUCGCCAUCAUCAUCACCGUGCGCGCCAUCGACAAGCUGCCCGACAUCAGUAGCGUCGGCGGCGUCAUUGGCGUCAGCGUCAGCGCGAGCUUCCUCUUCUUGCUCGCCGUCGUCAACGCCGUCAUGCUGUGGCAGACGCUGCGCAUGGCUCGCCGCAGAAAACGCUUGCGCGCCGCAGCCGCCACAACCACGUCCAUUCCUGUCGAGGGCGCGCCGCUCGCACCUCAAGACUCGGACCUUGCGCUCGCCAAAAAGGUCUCGGGCGACUCGAGUCGGGCCGACGACGAGGAGGCGGCGGCGCGUCCCGACGAGCGCGUCGACGGCAUGGUCGAGCUUCCGGCGACGACGUGCGUCGGGCGGAUCGGGCGACCGCUGUUCAGGAUCAUCGACCGGCCGUGGAAGAUGUACCCUGUCGGGCUCCUCUUCGGCUUGGGCUUUGACACCGCCUCAAGCAUCUCCCUCCUCGGCGUCUCGGCCCUCGCCGGCAGCGGCGACAACCGCAUCCCUCCCGGCCAGAUCAUCAUCCUCCCGCUCCUCUUCAUGGCCGCCAUGACGGCCGUCGACAGCGCCGACAGCGUCUUCAUGCUCAUGGCCUACACGGUGCCGCAGCGCACGGCUGCCGCCGAGGCGGGCCUCCUCGUCGAAAAGGGCGGCGACUCGCCGGCGGCGUCGGCGGCGCUCGAGGGCGGCGCGGCGAGCAGCAGGCGGUGGUACGACCCUCGAGGCUGGGUCCUGUUUGAGCGUCGGCCGUCGGCCGAGGAGGAGCAGGUCGAGCUGCGCGACGCGGCCGAGCGUGCGCGGAUGCCGCCGCAGGCGGACGAGGACAAACUGCUCAACAUCAGCGUCGUGCUCACCGUCAUCUCGAUCGUCGUUGCCCUCCUCAUCUCGAUCACCGAGUUCAUGGGUCUCGCUGUCGAAAAGUGCGCGUCGUGCGCCGAGGCGGCCGAGAACGACCCGGGCCUGUCCGGUCGAUGGUGGCGCUUCUGGUCGAACGUCAACGACAACUCGCAGUUCCUCGGCGUCGGCGUGAUUGGCGUAUUCGUCGUCGCGUUUGGCGGUUGGGCCGCGGUCCACUUCGUCUCGCGGCGGCGGGCUCGCCGGGCGGGCAAGCGGCGGGCGUUCGACUGA